AUGCCCAAAGACAUGUCAUCGUCCACUGAGUCCGUCGCAGUUACAAACAACGAAAGUCCUACUGCAAUGGCAACUCCACCUGUCGCCGAAUGCGAUAUGUGCUCUAAAAUUAUCCAAGUCUUCUCUGGUCCUAUAUACCCAGGAACUGAAGACAAGCCAAUUCAAGUUGUCAAGCUGGGGAACGUUGGCGAACUCCUCGCUGUGAACUGCCCGCAUGCAAACUGGCUCCGAGAUAUAGAGUAUCUGAAUGGCCCUAUUCCUCGCUACGAAACGCAUGGUCUCCUUUUCCAUAGGUGGGCAAAAGACCAACAGGGAUCUAUGGAAGUUGGGUGGACAUGGACCUCGUCAAAGAAUGGCCGUCCCGGUGCAACAAGCUCCAUGGAAAAUGCCAGGAAACAAGGCCCAGAACUCACAGGAGUUCUAGGUGUACGAUGGUUAUGGGUUGACAGUUUGUGCAUUCCUCAAGAUGAUGACGAGGUUCUGAAGCGUGAGCUAGCAGCCAUGCAUCGCAUCUAUGCCACUUCUUUCCUCACCAUCGUCGCUGCCGAUGGUGGAGAUGCAGAGUAUGGCUUGAGAGGCCUACGGGGUAUCUCAAAACCGAGAGCCAUCAAGCAAAUGAUAGAGCCACUCUCUCAAGGAGAGAAAGUUGUUUUCUGGCCGUGGAACAAGAGCAAUGAUCAGGUCGAAUAUGGGCUCAGAUAUCGCCAUCGUAUGUGGACCUCUCAAGAAUACCACUUUUCCAAAAGACGCCUGAUUUUCGAAAACGGACAGGCCACUUGGCAGUGUAAUCACACCGAGUGGACUGAGGACCACGUAUAUAACCCAGAGCAUGAGAAACUCCAGAAAAAACCGCCUGAAAGCUACAUCGGGCAUGAUGCCUACUUGAAAUUGCCAAGUUUGAAUCGCCUGAGUGCACUCGUCGAGAUAUUCAACACCAAGACUCUGCGCUAUGGCGAAGAUGUUUAUAAUGCCUUCUCGGGAUACAACGCACACCUGAAUAGCAUAUUCCCCCACGGUUUGGUAUACGGCCUCCCCCAGUUAUUUUUCGACAUCGCGCUUUGCUGGAAACCGAGCGGUCUGGUCCAAAGAAGAACAGUAUCGGCACGAUAUACCGGAGAUCCACUACGCACUGGACUACCUAGCUGGUCGUGGAUGGGUUGGAAAGGGCAAACGAAUUUCCCCGGCGAUGUCGAAGGUGAAAUAGAUGUCUUUAGUGAAACGGGCUUCACCGAAGCUAUCACCGAUUGGUACGCCAUGGAGUUUCCUGGAUCGUACCAGAAACAACCCAUCCAUUCCCGAUGGAGCCAUUGCAGAAACGCGCCUCCUGGAUCGUUGGCUGAACUAUGGCGAUGCGAGGAAUUCAAGCCUCCGGCAAUGUACGAUACAAGAAGCGACAGCAACCUUGACGAUGCUGAUUCGAUGCCAAAAGAGCUGCCGGGUCACAUAUACCAUGCUCAUCUCGGUGACAACCCCAUACCAGCGACGCGAUGGAGGCUGCCAGCUUCACGGUGGUAUCCCAUACCUUUGAACUCGGAUGAAUCAGAUACGUCGCAAGCCGAACUGCACAACGAGUUCCAAUACCUGUGGUGCCAAACACAUCGCGCAUAUUUCACAAUCACUCAAGAUAUCGUUUUGCUACGGCGCCUAUCAAAGUGA